GAAAGGGGCUGGGAUCGGUGGGAAAGCCAUGGAUUUUGGGAGAGGAGCUGGGAUCUGCCUGGGAUUUUGGGAGAGGGGUUGGAAGCAGCCUUGGAUCAGCAGGAAAGGGGCUGGAAGUUGGGAAUACUGGAAAGUUGAGAGUGCUGGGAAGUUGGGAAUGCUGGAAGUUGGGGCGUUCUGGGAAUGUUUCAAAUCCCAAAAUUCCAGAUCCAAACCAGGGAUGUUGCUGAUGGAAUUCCAAAGCCAGAGGUGAACCGUGAAAGGGAAUAAAUCCCUCUUUUCCCAUGGAUUCAUGGAAUUCUGGGAUGCUUUGGGGUGGGAAGCAGCUCAGGGAUCAGGCAGGAACAUUCCCAGGUUUUUCCAGGCUGCCCUGGGAAUUCCCUGCUGCUCCCUCUCCAGUUUUUCCCACAGAUCCCAAACUUUUCCAGGAUUUUCCCCUCCUGAUCCAUCCGGGGGCUUCUUCCCGAGAAUCCCGAGCCCUAACACAGCUGGAAUUCCAGAAUUCCAGGAAUUCCAAGUGAAAUCUGAGGAAUUCCAGCUCUCCUGGAUCCUCGGAAAGCAGCCGGGGCAGCUCCGAAUUCCAAAGGAUUUUCUGGGAUUUUCCCAGAUCCUCUUAACCACGAACAGCUCCGGGAUCCUCAGCUCUGGCUCAUCCCCACAGGACCCCAUGAACUUCCCUGACAGCCCCUCACCAUGAGUGAGGACUCAUGCCGCACCCGCAGCCAGAAGCGCGCCCUGGAGCGGGACUCGGAGCCCGACAGUAAAAAACUCAGGAUGGACAAAGGAAUUCUGGGAUCCGAGCUCAGCUCCGAGGGGGACAUGAAGAUCAAAGCGGAUCCCGGAGCCGGGAAAAUGCCGGGAAUGCUGAAAAGUGGGGAAGUCAAAGCCACCAUCAAAGUGGAGCUGCCGGCAGCAGGGGACGAGCCCGUGGACAUGAGCACAUCCAAAGGGGAGUGCCGGCGGGAGCGGCGCGUUCCCUCCCCGGACGUGAUCGUGCUGUCGGACAACGAGCCCUCGAGCCCCCGCGUCAACGGGCUGGGGCUGGCCCGGCUCGCCCUGCCCGAGCCCGGCGCCGAGGGGCUGCUGCGGAGCCCGGAGCAGCGGGAGCGCCUGAUCAAGCAGCUGCAGGAGGAGCUGAGGCUGGAGGAGGCCAAGCUGGUGCUGCUCAAGAAGCUCCGGCAGAGCCAGAGCCAGAAGGAGACGCCGGCGCCCAAGCUUUCCUCGGGCCCCUCUGGAAGCGCUGCGGCCACACCCCCGCCCUUGGUGCGGGGCCCUCAGGCUGUUCCCGCUGGGAAAACUUCCCUCCAGCCCUCCUCCAGCCGCAUUCCGGGCACUGGGAUCCCUCCCCCGCUGCUCCGGGGGGGCCAAGCGGCCGCCUCCAAGCAGAGCCCCCAGAUCGUGAUGCCCCCCCUGGUCCGAGGGGCCCAGCAAAUCCACACCAUCCGGCAGCACUCGAGCACGGGCCCGCCCCCGCUGCUGCUGGCGCCGCGCGCCUCGGUGCCCUCGGUGCAGAUCCAGGGCCAGCGCAUCAUCCAGCAGGGCCUGAUCCGCGUGGCCAACGUGCCCAACGCCAGCCUGCUGGUCAACAUCCCCCAGGCGUCCCCCACGUCGCUGAAGGGCUCGGCGGUGCCCGCGGGCCAGGCGGGCGCGGCCCCGGCGGGUGGCACGGCGCUGGGGGGCACGGGCGAGGCCCCGGGCAGCCGGCAGGCCGCGGCCAAGCUGGCGCUGCGCAAGCAGCUGGAGAAGACCCUGCUGGAGAUCCCCCCGCCCAAACCGCCCGCGCCCGAGAUGAACUUCCUGCCCAGCGCCGCCAACAACGAGUUCAUCUACCUGGUGGGGCUGGAGGAGGUGGUGCAGAACCUGCUGGAGAGCCAAGGGAAGGUGGCGGUGGCCGUGUCCUGCCGGGAGCCCUACCUGUGUGCCCAGUGCCACACGGACUUCACGUGCCGCUGGCGGGAGGAGAAGAACGGCACCAUCAUGUGCGAGACCUGCAUGGCCUCCAACCAGAAGAAGGCCCUGAAGGCCGAGCACACGAACCGGCUCAAGGCCGCCUUCGUCAAGGCCCUGCAGCAGGAGCAGGAGAUCGAGCAGAGGAUCCUGCAGCAAACGGCCCCGCCCGGGCAGCCCAAGGCCGAGCCCGUGGGGCAGCACCACGCGCUCAAGCAGAGCUCCGGCCAGAUGUCCCGGGGCGCUUCCCGAGGGGUCCUGCACUCCUUCAGCUCCUCGCCCAAGCUGCAGAGCUCCUCGGCCAGCGCCGCGCUGGGCAGCCGGCCCGGCAAGCACGCCGAGAGAUCCGGCAGCAAGGGCAGCGCCGCCUGGAAGAAAAACCCCAUCAGCACAGGUGGGGCCCUGCCCUUCGUCAGCCCCGCGCUGGCCGUGCACAAGUCGGCCUCGGCCGUGGAGCGGCAGCGCGAGUAUCUCCUGGACAUGAUCCCGCCCCGCUCCAUCCCACAGUCGGCCACGUGGAAAUAAUUCCCGAGGGAGAACUUUUCCAGGCUCUGCCAUCCUUUUCUUUUCUACCACAAUUCCGUGGAAUCUGCUUUAAUCCCAGCUGGAUAACGCCCCGAGGCUUUCUAGGAUGCAGCACCACCACUCCUCAUCCGUCCCUGCCGGGAGA